AUGGCUCGCAACAGCAUCACCAAGCUCACCGGCGCCGCCGCCCGCACCCUCCGUGCCUCCUCGCAAGCCCGCUUGGUCGUCCCGCGUCGUUCUGCCCUGCUUCUCGCAGCCUCAAAACCUACAGUGUCUGCCAUUUCGGCUCGCAAGCUCUUCACAACUUCAUCAAUCGCCCAUCGUGGCAUUAUGCCCGACACCGAUGACCCUCAAGUCAAGGAUACGCCCAAGGAGGAGGUCAAGAUGAGCGUCGUCGAGCUUACAGAUGCCGAGUACCACGAGCUGUCCGAGACCUACCUUGACAACAUUGUCACUCGUCUCGAGGAGAUAGCAGAUGCUCGCGAGGGAGUCGAUGUCGAGUAUGCUGCUGGAGUUUUGACGGUUACUUUUCCGGAAUCUGGCACCUACGUGAUCAACAAGCAGCCCCCGAACAAGCAAAUCUGGCUCUCAUCGCCCGUGUCCGGCCCCAAGCGCUACGACUGGGUCGUCGUCGGCGACUCGCAGAAUGACAAGGAGGGUACUGCUGCUGGAGCCUGGAUCUACACCCGUGAUGGCAGCAGCCUGGACGAUGUCUUCCUCAAGGAGCUCGACAUUGACUUCAGCAUAGCUCCAUCGACCUACGGCGAGAACCAGUCCUAG